AUGGUUCUUCACAAUCCCAACAACUGGCACUGGGUGAAUAAGGAUGUCUCGGCAUGGGCCAAGGACUACUUGAAGGGAAAACUCUGCGUGCUCUCCGCUGAGGAGGAUGGUGUUUCAGCCAAAGUUUCGAACGUACUUACUAUGGAUGGCGACGUAGACGUCAGCCAGAGGAAGGGCAAGGUCAUCACUUUGUUCGAUGUCAAGUUACAGUUAGAGUAUGAAGGUAAGACGAAGGAUGAGGAGUCCGUUAGUGGCACAAUUACUAUUCCUGAGGUCGCCCACGACACUGAGGAAGACGAGUACGUCUUCGAGAUCGAAAACUACUCUGAUUCCCCUUCGAAGCAAUCCGUGAAGAGCCUUGUUCGGUCAAAGCUUGUCCCUCAGAUCAGACGGGAGCUUGUGGGACUUGCUCCUGCCUUGAUUACUGAGCAUGGAAAGGACAUCCAGCAUGCUCCCGGCGUCAACCCUUCAAGUGGUUUCACUGCUCCAGCCUCGUACCCCCAAAUUUCCAAGCCAGCCAGCUCCGCUCCUAAGACCACGACAAGCACCAGCAAGGUUGCUGUCAACACCACCACUGUCACUGCCACGGAUGAGUUCCGUACAACCGCCGAGGAGUUGUACAUCACCUUCACGGAUCCCCAGCGGAUCGCGGCCUUCACCCGUGGCGCACCCCGUCAAUUCGACGGAGCGCAGGUCGGCGGCAAGUUCUCCAUCUUCGACGGCAACGUCACCGGCGAGUACGUGAAGCUCGACCGGCCCAAGCAGGUUGUCCAGAAGUGGCGUCUGGCGCAGUGGCCCGAAGGCCACUUCAGCACUCUGGAGAUCAACUUCGAUCAGAACGACGUCGACGCAGUUACCCUGAUGCGUGUCACUUGGACCGGUGUGCCUGUCGGCCAGGAAGACGUGACCAAGCAGAACUGGGAGGUCUACUACGUCCGCAGCAUCAAGCAGACUUUCGGGUUUGGCACUAUCCUCUAA